CAAGGAUUUUGAUAAUUAUUAAAAGGGAAAAGCAGAUUUUUCUUUAACAUAAUGAAGAAGAACUAUUCCUAAAUAACUAUAAUAAAAGUAAAGAUGAAUGAUAAAGCGAUAAUUGGAAAGAAAUGCCUGAAAAAAAGCACACAAAUCGAAAAUCAUUAAAAUACUUCCGGUGACGUCAUAGCAGUAGGCGGGGAAUCAACUUCGACGUGUGUACAGUAGACACCAAGCUAUCCAGCUCCGUGCGUGUGUGUUCAGUUAGAAAAUUCAAAAUUUGAUUAUUUGUGCAUGUCCCUGGUGUUGUUAAAAGCGAAUAAAGGAGAAAAUAUACAUUUAAAGGUUAGAAGAUAAUGCCAGUGGCAGCACCUCAAAAAGAUGCACAAAUAUUUCAGCAUUAUCAUCACUUGUUACCCAAAUCUCCUGGAGCUCUAGUUGGAGGAUCAGAUACUUAUUAUGCACAUGAAACAUUAGACCAUUUACAUAGUAUACAUGAUGAUGAAGAUUUCUUCAGCCCACAUAGUCCACCAAUUUUAAAUUUAAGUCCACAUUUAAGUUCACCAGAUAGGACCUCACCUUCUCAGCGAGUUUCACCAACACACAGAACAUCACCUAAUCAGAGAGGAUCUCCAUUUUAUGAUUUAAGAGAAAGCACAAGGAGGAGAACAUUUCAUGAGGGAGGUUCACAAAUGCAGAAUUGUUCUGGUGUAAUCUCAGAAGAUUCAGACAGCAAGAGUGAGAGCCCUAGCAGAAAGAGGAGAAAAACCUCCGGCAGUUAUAUUGAUUUGACACAUUCUCCAAGCCCCCCACCAUCUUGGACCAGAGAGGUGAUCACAGAAGCUGCCAGACUCAGUUCAGCCCGACGUCGACCUUCCAAUCAGUUACGGAGAUUAUCGUCAGAUAGAUGCCAUACACCAAGGGCUCGUAGAAGUCCUGGUACAAGAAGACGAACAAGAGACAGAAAUUCACAGCAAACAAGAGAGGCUUCACCAGAACGUCGUGCCUUCCAACCCCCACACAUGAUGACAUCACAGAUUCACCCUGCUUCCUUACCAUCAAAUCAUCAUAGGACAGGACAAAGACCAAUAUUAAUGGAACAAAUGCCAGUAACAGCUCCUGUUUCUAUGACACCGUUUGCUAUCCCAGUAUGCACAGGGCCACAUCAUAUCCCAGUAUGCACCACAGCUCAUAUUCCAGUGUGCAGUAGCCAAGCAACAUGGUCAUUUCCUGCCUGCAGUGUUCCAAUACCAACGUGUAACAUGCAGCAUAUUCCUGCUUGUAGUCUACCACAGAUACCAAUUCCACAUCACACUUUUCCACCUCUGUUUGCUCAUCCUCAUAGUCUAGCCAACCAUUUACCUCGACAGCAACAUAUGUCGCCACCAACAACACAGUUUACAGCCAAUCAUAAUCAGCCACAUCAUCACCAUCAUCAUCAUCAUCAUCCUCAACAACAGCAUCAUCAACCAUUUCAUCAGCGCCAGGAAGAAGAAAUACAAAUGAUCCCAGACCAUCAUCGUCAGGCUUUCCAGAUGCCGCUACAUCAUCACCAUCAUCAUCAGACGCCAUUCACACAUUCACCCCCAGUAGUGCUUCAGGAACCUAAUGUUCAUCCAGCUCCACAUGAUUUAUAUGGACCCUUCCAAAGACACUAUGCACGACCACGCAUGGGAGGACGAAGUGGAAGAUUGCGGUCAAUACCAUUACCUCCUCCACCUUACCCAGGAUUCCUUCUUCACUUCCUAGCAAUGUUAAGCAACCCUCCAAUACCUCACCUUGGAAGAGACUUUAAUGAUGAGGCGACUGAAGUGGAAAAUUAUGAGGCAUUAUUAAACUUAGCAGAGAGACUUGGAGAUGCCAAGCCAAAAGGCUUAACAAAGCCAGAGAUUGAACAACUGCCAGCCUAUAGAUUUAAUAAGGAGAACCACAAUUCAGACAUGGACCAAACCAACUGUGUUGUCUGUAUGUGUGACUUCGAGAACAGGCAACUGCUCAGAGUGCUACCUUGUAGUCAUGAAUUUCAUGCUAAAUGUGUUGACAAAUGGUUGAAGACAAACAGAACAUGUCCAAUAUGUCGAGCAGAUGCUACAGAAAUUGUUCAGUCAGACUGAUAAUCGAAACUGUUCAUUUGACCAGGGUAAAAAUAGUUCACUGUAUGUCUUUUAAUGACGCAAAUUAAAAUUCAUCACAAA